AUGGGUUCCCUAUCCGAAAUGGAAAACGACACUGUCCUCGAUAUUGGGGGCAGCUCAAUGCCAACUGAUCUUGGUGAGCGUCUGAUAGACACUCUCAAGUCGAAGGAUAAGACGCCGAUACUCCCAGAUGAAUUCUUGUAUAGCGAUGAAGGGUUGGAAUUCUGGAAAGUCAUCAUUUCCCAAGACGAAUUCUACCAAACCCAUGACGAGAUUGCCUUGUUCAAGGAGAACGGGGAGGCCAUCUCGAAACUGUUCGCGCGUGAGAGCAAGAAAUUAUUCUUGCUUGACAUCGGUGCAGGAGACACUGGAAAAGUCAGCCAUCUCCUCGGAAAGCUCAAAACACAUGCUCAAGUGCCAAUCACGUAUUGUGCGCUAGAUAUAUCCAAAGCUUCCCUGGAAGCUAAUGUGACAAAACUAGCCAAAGAGCAUUCAGGACCGGGAUCCACGGUUAACACCAUAGGUCUUUGGGGGACGUUUCAACAGGGCCAAAAGUUCGCCACAGAGAAAGUCUUUGACGGCCGAAUGAUAUAUCUUUCCCUUGGUUCAGUUUUAUGCAACGACGAGUGGGACAAGGCCGUCGAGCAUCUGAAGGGUUGGAAGAAAGUCAUGCGUCCCGACGACUUGAUGCUAGUUGGAAUGGACGGCCAUACAGCCAAGAACAAGGACCAGAGAAAGAAGCUGUGGGAUUCAUAUCACAAACGGGAAGCCCUGUUAGAACCAUUCUUCGAGAACGGUUAUGAAGUCAUGAAUCGAUCCAUUGGCGGACGCAUCUUCAAUAAUAAGAACUUUGAGUAUCAUGCGGAGAUUGAAGAUGAACCGACUACCAGGCACCGCAACUGGAUAAUUGCGCGGAAAGAUAUCUGGUGCGAGGCGACAAACAGCAUGAUCAAGGCUGGCCAAGAAUAUGACUGGUUCGAUGCGCAUAGGUAUGGGCCAGAGAAGGUCAGAGAAAUGUGUUCCCAGGUGGAACUGGAGGUUGUGAAAGUUUGGCAAGCAAAAGGCUCCCACUUCUACCAGUAUUUGAUCCGACCGAUUGGUGCUCCGGUUCUAAAGGAUAGCGACAGUGGUGUAUCCGGUGUUGCAUGA